AUGGGACUGAGGUCCUUCUUCAAACUGGUUGCGGAUCGUAGGGUUUUACCUUCGGAAACUGACGUGGGCACUUUCUUGGCGGCAAAUCCUGACCAUUCUGUUCAUGUAGAUCUCCUCGAACGAUAUGAACACCUUCGAGAGAAACUCUCGGACCGAAGUUUGAACUCGUCCUCAAGUCAUGAGGCGCAUCCAGAAGGGCCUUCGAGAAGUCCACACCCUGAGCGUCCAGGACAAGAAUCAGCUGGCAACAGGCCUUGCCUCUGUCUUCGAUUCUGCAUCCUAGUGCGACCUCUUCCACACCGUAGACGAAAGUUUGAGGUUUACGGCGUGAACAGCGUUAUUCAAGCACUAAACCUACCAUCACACGAACAUCUGGUGUUAUUCUGUGCCAUCGCGGGCAAUGAUUACUCAAGGAACCCCGAGACGUUGGGCUCGAUUAAUAAUCUUCGAUUAGUUCGAAAGGUUGCGUGGAACAAGAGCUACAAUAAAAUGCUUCAAGAUUAUCUUAGGGAAGCUAGUAAGAUGUUGGGAAGGAACGCAGCCUCUGAAGAAGGCCAUUUCAGAGUAGCUCUCCGCGUUUUUACUUCCGGCUAUCAAACGUCGGCCCAAGCGUUACCAUCGAACAAUGAGUUCGAUAACUUCAAGCAGCGUCUACUCAAUGGAAGGGGUCUUCGCCAUAGAAUGGCUCAGCAAAGAGACGCACCAUCAUUCUAUAUAGCGGAAGGGUCACAUAGAAACCAGUUCCGGCCCAUCUUUUCUGACAAGGCGAGCAUAUUGAAUGGGCGCACAGUUGAUAUCAGUAACUGCCGUCAGCACGAUAGGCCGGGCCUUAAGCAUCCACCGCGUCGGAAAAAGACAAAAAAGAAGCAACAGAAAAAACAAAAGCGGAAGCACAAAGGCAAGAAGCCCCACAGGGUUAAAAAAGAAGGUGAACCAAUUAGGAACUUGAAGGAUGCUACGAAGGUUGAUUACAGCUACAGUAAAGAAAGGGAUAAUAUUGCAAGCCAGAUCCGAGGGGCAGUUGUUAUCCUCAACCGACUACGCCGCUAUGCAUACUGGGCGAUUGCCUUGGACAUUGAGAGGAUCAUGCGGCUACCAGGGGCAGCAAGGUCGAGGAAAAAGGCACUGGACGAGGUCUUGGAUAGCACUGACUAUUCCUUCCGUCCCGCCACCCUUCUUUUAAGUGAUCAAGGUGGCCCCAAUUCAGCUUACGCGAGGGCAAAAAAACAAGGAAGGGCCGUAGAAACGCCCCACUAUCUCCUCGCUUAUGAACAUUUCAAGGCCACCACUGAACUUUCUCCAAUAAAGGAAAUAGACAUCACAUUGGGGGACGUACAAGGCUUUGAUCCCAAAAAGACCUCGUUUCCAAGAGCGACAGAGCUACUAAUGGGCCAAGUACAGCCAUCAUUAAGGCAGCACUACAGGAACGCAAUGCACGCCCUAGUUGGCAUCCUCUGGGCGAACGAAGAUACCAAGCAGCUGCUGGAGCGUAUUCUGCCUCUCAACAAUCCUUCCAAGACUGCAAUGUUUGAAUGUGUACAGGGAACAAAAGGGUUUUUGAUACAGGCUCUCUUUUGUGACAUUGGAGGUGAUGGAUAUCGAGACAAAACGAAGAGACAGCGGCAGUCUGACGUAGAUGAAGAAGACCCCAGUCAGGAAUUGGGGCUUUCCCAAGGAUUCCUUGACACGACGUGUUCAAAGGCAGCUGCUGAAGGCCUGACAGAUGAAGGCUAA